AUGAGGCCCGUUCUUGGAGCUGGGUUAGGUUAUUUUGGAUAUCAAAACCUCAUUAAAGGAUAUCUUACAAAAAAUCGGAUUAUGUCAAGUUUGGCUGCGAUGGGGUUAAGUGGAGUAAGUUUAGCUGUGCUGGCCGCUUUAAGUCGCAAUUUAGGCAAUAAAAUUGAAAACUUUAAUAAAACACUUGACCUAUUUAAAGAUUUGAACAUGAAAUUGGAAACAAAGAAAAAACGGCGCCACGUUAAAGAACAGGAAUUUGUUGAAAAUAAGCAAUUUUUGAUUACUGAAUAUGAAUUGCUUAUGAAUGAAUUUGGAGCAUUUGAAUCGGAGCUUUGA